AUGAACCUGCCGAAUUUGCAGAAGAAGACCUUAUUUUUAAUUGACAACUCGCCUGUUGUGGAGUCGCAUAUAGUCAGCAACUUGCUGCAUCAGCUGCUGUAUACUCUGGCGGUGCCACAAGCGCACGUGCGCCCUCGAGACGAGGCACUGCUACUGUGGGGCGGGAGAGAGCGCAGCACAGCAGUGUCUCUGGGCAGGUGGCUGGCACGGGAGGCGGAGACGAUCCCAGCCAAUGUGCAAUUUGUGUUCUUGGGGACCGCGUACACCCGACUUAACCCACGGACACUGGAGGCGCUGCUUGAGGAGCUGCAUGGACGGCUGGGAGACAUGACGGAAAAGGCAUUUGUGCUGGGCUGGGGUCUGGCAGACCCAGAACCGACGAUCCUGCACCACUUUGCUGCUACAGGCUCUCAGGUGUAUCCGCACCUAGACGCGGGUACGCUGUGGUCUCGUGGGGCCAUCACCGCGGUCAAAAAAGCCUUUCAAGAUACACCUCCUGCAGUCGGGGUGGAACGUGACUUCGUAUACGAGUUGUUUGUACACCUGAAAAACGCACAGAAGCUCACCCUGCUGCACUCCGAGCUCUUCUGUCCGACAUCACCUACAGUUGAAGAGUAUGAACGAGCUCAAAGCGAAUAUCCCCCUCCUCACAUCCGCCCCAAGGAGCUUCCGGCCUCUGCUGCAGCAACUUCAGGUGCUUCAGCAAACAACCGAACGAUGACUCCAGCAGAAACUGCUGCUGCCGCUGCAGCAGAAACCACUGCUGCCAUCCAUAAAGACUGCGCCACCUUCAAUAGCGGCACCCGACACGCGCCGGUGCUCUCACACCAGAUGUUCGAUGCGCUCAUCGACUUCGACGAGGAGCUCAUGCUGCAGAGGGACCUGCUAGCAGACAAAUAUACUGCCGACGAGAAGAUGGCCGAAGGCGGAGAAUACCAGAAGUCCAUCGCUGAGCUCGAACGUACCAGGCCCGCCUUCAUCGUCGAGCCGCAGGAUGUGAUGGUGGCCGUAAAGACGCAUGCGAGCAACCACGAGACGCGCUUGCCACUGCUUCGGAGCCUGUGGGCCUCUAGAGAGGCUCUCGUGCAGCAAGCCCAUCAACACUCGCAAGGGGGCCAUUCUGGCGUGGCGUCAAGCCCUGAAGAGCAGCAUCAUCUGGAAGAGAGCUACAAGCUCCUCUCUCUCCGCUUCCUGUCGGACGUUGCAGACCCCAAACAGGAUAUUGAGGCUCUGCCUUCUUCCUCUGACAUUCCCGCUGGGAAAGCGGGCCUUUGCGUUCGUCUGCAGCUCAUUUUAAAGGACUUCCUCCAGAACGCAGAAGACGGGCGACGGUUUCUUGCUGUUGUCGACGACGACACUCUUCUCAACUUCCGCCACCUCCUAGACCUCCUCUCUCUUACCCUCCAGCCGCCCAUUCCCGCUCGCGGCUUCAUGGCAAACCUUCUGGCAGACAAACGCGGCUACAGGGCGCAUUGGCCGCCCUACAAGCGUCUUGCUCAAGAAGUCCGCUCCCACCUCGCAGCACUUGCUUCAUCAGCACGAGCAGCAGAAAGCACAGCAGCAACGCCGCUCAAGGACAGCCGGUACACCGCUGCUGAGUUGACUGCGGCUUCGCAGCUGUAUGGAAGGGGGGGGCCCAGGCCUCUGGAGGCAGUAUCUCCAUUGUAUUUGGGCGAGAGGUACGGUUAUGGUUUGACAGGAGGCAACGGCUCUGGGGGCAACGAAUACGUGACAAUGGGGGGAGGAGUUGUGCUGGACCGGGCAGCAGUGCAGCUGGUGGUGCAAUGUAUAGACAGCGGCCGGUGCAGCUGCCCCCCUGACGGCACAGCUGACGACAUGCUGCUCGGGCUUUGGGCGCAGGAGGUGCAGGUACCGCUGCUGCAUUCAAGGGGUUUUCAUCAGGAGAGACCAGGAGACUAUCAUCCGCUGCUCGUUGAAGCUGUGACUCCUGUCUCCUUCCACAGAAUGCAGAGGACCGUGAAGGGGACCAAGAAAUCCUACCAAGAUUUCGUCAACGUAGGCGACUACAGCAACAGCAACCACAGCAACGGCAGCAGCACCCACAGCAGCAGUAGUAGCAGCAGCAGCAGCACGCUGGACGAUCUGAUAGAGGUGGACUGGAUUGAUUACGACUGGCACCAUGCAGAAGACCAUCGGUGGCUGGAACGUGAAGAAUUACAUGAAUUGGGAGACGAGGAUCCCCUGAUGCCCAGAGGCAUAGGAGACCUGUUCAGUAGACACGCCGCUAGAGGCACGAGACCCAUGACCCCUGAAGAGCUCCUCGCGCACGAAGAGCUCGAGGAGUUUUCUUCUUUACACGAUGAACUCUGA